UCAAAAUUUUAAUUUUGCAAUGUUUUUGUGUAGGUGAAAGUGAGAAGUAUAUAUAUUUCAAUAGAAGACACAUUAUGACUUCCCAGGAAGCCCAAGGGGAAUUGGUCUCUACUAGGUUCGCAACUAUUGCUGUAUUAAUAAUUUUCAUUAGUUCCUUGUUUGCAUUAUUUAUGGUUUACCGAACAUUCCCAAAUGUUACCGAGGAAGAAAGACAACACAUUAAAUUACCAUGGAAUAUCGAGGAUGCGAAACAGCUGGGUAUUGUUUUAAAUCGUUACAAAAGUGAUCACUAUUAUCAAGUUAUGGCAGGAGUUUUUAUAACCUACAUAUUCUUGCAGACAUUUGCCAUUCCAGGAUCACUGUUCCUCUCGAUACUGUCAGGAUUCUUGUUUCCAUUUUUUAUAGCCUUAGCGCUAGUCUGUACAUGUUCAAUGGUAGGCGCAGCGCUUUGCUUCUUACUGUCCCAGCUCCUAGGUAGAAGGCUAGUGUUGAAAUAUUUCCCUGAAAGAGCCGAGAAAUGGGCCUUAGAAGUGAACAAACACAAAGACCAUUUAUUUAAUUACAUGGUAUUUUUACGGGUCACCCCGUUUCUGCCAAAUUGGUUCAUUAAUCUGACCGCUCCCGUGAUUGGAGUGCCUUUGUCCCCUUUCGCUUUCGGCACGUUCGUGGGUGUCGCACCACCUUCAUUUAUCGCAAUACAGGGUGGGCAAACUUUGCAGAGCAUGACUGCGGAAGAUAGCGCCUUUAGUAUAAAUUCUUUUAUAUGGUUGGCCGUGUUUGGUGUAAUAUCUCUCAUUCCGAUAUUUCUCAAGAAAAGACUAAGGGAGAAGAUUGAUUAGGUCUCUCCCAGUGUAUGUAAAUAAAUUGUUAGUUAAAUUAUCUGCUGUAAAUUGAUUUUGUAUUUUUAUUUUGUUGAGUAUUUUCUAAAUAUUAGCUAGUUUUAGUUGUGGGUGGUGUAGAAUUAGAACAAGAGUUUUGAAAAAGAAAAAAAUGAAUCGAGUACUCAGUAUUGUUCUGUUACAGUUUCUACCUCACCAUUGAAACAUUCUGUCAUUGUAAGUGUGAAUUGAAUAAUCAAAUUUUGUACUUAGCUUUUUUUUGUAUAACGAUUAUAUUCUGGGGUUGUGAACCUCACAUUGACUUAUAAAUUCUUUUGGGACUAUCUGAUAAAUGUUGGAGUUAAAUGUUAUAUUAAUGGAGCACAUAAAAAUGAAUUUGUUAAAUACCGCCUCCAGCAAAACACAUCAUGUAAGCGACAAGAAGAAAAUCGACCAGUCUUCUUGAAUUGAGCCCUUAGCUCGCCACUGGUUGCGCAAGAGUUAUGAUAUAUAAUUUUAUGGAGUAUUGACCCAAUACAUCAAAUUUGAUUUAAACAAUCCUAUUAUUUUAGAAAAUAUUUACAAGGUUGAGAUUUGGAAAUAUUAUUUUCAGUUCUUCUGUUGGUAGAUUAAAACUGGAAGCAAUUCAUUUAAUCAAAUGACCUGAUAUUUAUGUAGGUAGAACUUUGAAAAAUGUUCAAAAAGAAAUAAACUAUCACUUAUCCAACAAACUUCAGGCAAGUUCGGUAUUAACAUCUAGCUAGACGCUCCAGAUGAGUUUUGUUCUGUCCUAAUUGUAAGAGAGGACAAGACAAAAGAGAUAUCUAGAGCAUCUAGAUGUCAAUACCGAACUUGCCUUUUGUUUCUUGCAACGAAAUGCUAAAAAUUCUUGCCAGUGAAUGUAGAUUUAUUGUAUAGUUGUGCAUUGCAUUGUGUGUAUACAUUUCCCAUUAUGUGAAAUUUAGAUAUACCAUGAUAUGAAAGUAUGAGACCUAGUCCACAUGUGAACAGGGUUUUAAUUAAGGUUAGUCUUCACUUGCUUUAUGAUUUUAAAUGACCACUAUACAUUUGUAUUUUAGAAUAAACAUACAAAAUAUA